AUGGCCGAUCAGCUGCCUGAGGCCGAAUCGUAUCUAUCGAGCGAAAAGCCACGGAAUUCAGCUGAGCUAGAGAGAGCUGAUACGGCAGGCUCUAUCGGAUCAUCGACUGGCUCGAGUAUCUAUGAUCCGCAGUUGCAUAGACUGCAAUCGCGGAACACAGAGUUGGACUUGGAACGUCAUCGGACGGGAGUAUCGCGAGCUCUGAGCAGGACUGAGACGCAACGCGCCCAACAUGCCCUUACCGUGGGCUCGAGUCUUCAGUCGCGACCGUCGCGAACUCCAUUGCCAGCUUUUGGUGGAGGCAAGCCCUAUCCUCCACAUCUCCCUGCACGGGAGGAUUACGUUGUGGAGUUCGAUGGGCCAGAUGACCCUUUAUACCCACUGAACUGGACUUUGAAAAGGAAAUCAUACAUUACUGCCAUGCUCGCUUUCACCAGUAUUUGCUCCACCUUCGAUUCCGCCAUUUUCAGUGCUUCGUCUACCAGUGUGUCCCAUCAUUUCAGUGUCGGGCUCGAAGUCGCCGCCCUCUCCAGCUCUCUAUAUAUCAUCGGCUAUGCUUCAGGUCCCUUGAUAUGGGCUCCCCUGUCCGAACUCCAGGGCCGUCGUCUCCCCAUUGUUAUCGCCAUGUUCGGAUUUAGCGUCUUCAACAUCGCAGUGGCAGUCGCAAAAGACUUGCAAACACUCAUGAUUUCCCGGUUCUUUUGUGGUAUCUUCGGCAGUUGUCCUUUGGCAGUUGUGGCUGCUAUUUUCUCUGAUAUCUGGGACAACCGCACCCGUGGUAUUGCCAUUGCUAUAUUCGCCUCGACGGUGUUCCUAGGCCCUCUCCUGGCACCUUUCAUCGGAGGAUUCAUUAAUAUGUCCUAUCUCGGCUGGCGCUGGACCGCCUACCUCCCCGCGAUUAUGGGCUUCGCCGCUUUCAUCCUGAAUCUUUUCUUCCUGCAGGAAUCAUAUCCGCCUGUUGUCCUUGUGGCUAAGGCUGCGGAGCUGCGUCGCCGGACUAAGAACUGGGGAAUCCAUGCGAAGCAAGAAGAAAUCGAGGUCGAUUUUCGAGAGCUGAUUGUAAACAAUUUCUCACGCCCGCUUCGACUGCUGUUUAACGAACCGUUGAUCCUAGCCGUCACCCUCUACCUGAGUUUUAUCUACGGAUUGCUCUAUUGCUUCUUGACCGCCUACACUCUAGUCUUCCAGGGUGUUUACGGUAUGAACGCUGGUGUCGGGGGUCUCCCACUCUUCGGCAUGGUGGCGGGUCUUUUCGUCGCCACGUCUUACAUGCUUAUCUCUAGCAAGGCCUACAAUAAAAAGCUCGACCAGAAUGGUGGUGUCCCUAUCCCCGAGUGGCGUCUCCCGCCCGUUAUGGUUGGCGGUGCUCUCUUCGCUGCUGGGCUCUUUUGGUUCGGAUGGACUGGCUUCAGUGGUACCGUCCACUGGAUUGUGCCCACCUUGAGUGGCCUAUUUACUGGAUUUGGCCUUCUGGUAAUCUUCAUUCAAUUGUUCAACUAUCUGAUUGACACAUAUCUUAUGUUCGCCGCAUCAGCUAUCGCAGCAAACACAUUCUGCCGCUCAAUGGUGGCAGCCAGCUUCCCGCUUUUCUCACGCCAGAUGUUCAACGGAAUGGGUAUCCAGUGGGCUUCUACGCUUCUCGGUUGCGUCGCAGCCGUCCUUGUUCCGAUUCCCAUUGCAUUCUACUUCUUCGGCAGGAGAAUGAGGAUGAAGAGCAAAUUCGCACCAUUUUAUGAAGCUGUCCAGGAAGGACACGCCGCUGAGGAAGCUGAAGAGCAGGCGGAGGAAGCUGUGCACGAGAGAUGA